AUGUCUGUGCAGGACCUGAAGGAGUCUGACAAAGAUAAACUUUGUGGGCAACGUCCUCUGGUCGAUACACUUGGAUCCCGCAUUAUAGGUGGUCAUCAUGCACUUCCAGGGGCCUGGCCAUGGCAGGUUAGCCUGCAAUAUUUCAUUUUUGGACAUGGCUAUAAACACGUGUGUGGUGGAUCCCUUAUUCACAAGCAGUGGGUGAUGACGGCUGCCCAUUGCUUCAUAGGAAGACGUAAUCGCAGGGUUUGGAGAGCAGUUUUUGGAUUAAAUGAUAUUGUAAAUCCAGAGAGCACAAAGCAGACAUCUGGAAUCAAAAACAUUAUGAUUUACCGAAACUUUGACGCUAACACUUUGGAUGGUGAUGUCACUCUGUUGGAAUUAGCAAAUCCAGUGAAAUAUACAGAUUAUGUCCUACCAGUCUGCUUGGCAACACGGACACUGCAGGUAGACCCAUUGGCAAUGUGCUUUAUAACCGGCUGGGGGACAACUUCCGUUAGAGGUGGAAGAUCAGAUAUUUUACAGGAGGCAGAAAUAGAUUUGAUUCCCACUUCACUAUGUAACAGUAGCGGAUGGUACAAUGGGCUUCUUACUGACAACAUGAUUUGUGCUGGCUUUGAGGAUGGGGGAGUCGACACAUGUCAGGGAGAUAGCGGAGGACCGUUUGUCUGUUAUAUAGCAGAGAGAUCAAGCUUCUACCAGUUAGGCAUCACAAGCUUUGGCAUUGGCUGUGCUAAAGCCCAUUAUCCUGGAGUCUAUACACGAGUAGAAAAUUAUGCCAACUGGACGGCCAUCUCCAUAACUAACCUUCAGUAA